AUGGCCGGGCCGUGCCUGCAGGACGUGAUGGGGCUGGAGGUGAAGGCGCAGCCGCCGCGGCCGCACUGGUACGAGCGCCACGUGCAGCCGUGCCUGGCAGAGCUGCUGGGCACUGCCCUCUUCAUCUUCAUCGGCUGCCUGGCUGUGCUGGACCAGCCGGGGGGCACGGGGCGCCUGCAGCCCGCCCUGGCACACGGGCUGGCCCUGGCCGUCACUGUCACCGUCCUGGGGGACAUCAGCGGAGGCCACUUCAACCCCGCCGUGUCCCUGGGCGUGUGGCUGGUCGGGGGGCUGCACAUGCCCAUGCUGGUCCCGUACUGGCUCUCACAGCUCUGCGGAGGGAUGAUCGGAGCCGGCCUGGCCAAGGCGGUGGCACCGAGCGAGCGCUUCGGGAACGCCAGCGGAGGAGCCUUCGAUGGCAUCACGGCCGACGAGCAGGUCCCCGCGGCCCUGGCGGCCGAGAUCGUGUUGAGCUCCUUCCUGCUGCUGGUGGUCUGCAUGGGAGCCAUCAAUGGCAGGACCAGGAGCCCGCUGGCCCCGCUCUGCAUCGGCCUCACCGUCACCGCCGACAUCCUGGCAGGGGGCGGCGUGUCCGGAGCCUGCAUGAACCCAGCCCGAGCCUUCGGGCCAGCUCUGGUGGCAAACUACUGGGACUACCACUGGGUGUACUGGGUAGGGCCCAUGGUGGCCGCCCUCCUCGUCGGGGUGCUGGUGAGGCUCCUGAUGGGUGACCAGGCCACCCGCCUGCUCCUGAAGUGACAGCGGGCACAGGGCCCCGUCCGUGGGCAGCAGGGGCAGCCCAGCACAGCCGGUGUGGAUCCUCCUGCCCCUGCUCCUUCCCCUUCAUCCUGCGCCCCUUGGCACCUCCCUGGCACCAGCUGUGGCUCCUCUGCUGCUGGAGGGGGCACGGAAAGCUCCCAGAUGUGGCUCCUGUGCUGCUGGGGGGAGCAUGGAAUGUUCCCAGCCGAGCCACGCUCCCCAGGGCUCUGCCAGCCCCGGCUCACCGGGAGCAUCCCCUGACAGCACCGGUGUCCGUGGUGCCCCAGACUCCUCUGGCACUGCCCAGGCACAGCCUCUGAGCCCCCAGAGCUGUGCCCACACAC